GUUUUGACCAAUAUUCGGCUACGAAAUGUGAUUAAAAAAAAAAAGGAUUCACAGUGUCACAGAACCGGAACUUUACCUUUCAUGGCUAUAGAGAUUCUAAAACAUAAUGCGGAACACACGUUUCAACAUGACCUAGAAUCUUUCUUUUAUGUGUUAUGCUGGAUUUGCUGCGAAUAU